UUCUAUGUUUGAGAAAAGCCCUACUGCAGUAACAGCUGAUGCUGCUGUUACUCCUAGCGUAGACCUAUUUGGGGCAGAUCUCCCUACUAUCUCUCGCGGGCCCUCUCCUUUGCCUCCAGAGGCCAAUGCUGAUGAAGACCUCUUGUCUGGUGUGACUGAUGCUUUCUCUGCUAUGGCUCCAGCACCAGCAGUGGCUCCAACUCCAGCUCAAGCCCCGGAUCCAGCUCCAGCUCCUGCCCCUGCAACUGUCUCUCCUCCCAAACCUGAGCCCUCUGCACCUGCACCUGUCAUUGACCUGCUAGACACAUUCAGUAGUCCUACUCUGUUGGACGCUACGCCCGCUGCCCCCGGGGGACCAGAAGAGGAUCUAUUGGGUGGACUGAUGUCUCCUAGCCUGACUCCCAUGGCGGCCCUUGCUCCUCUGGCCCCCACUCUGGCUCCGGCCCUCGCCCCUACCCUAGCUCCUGUCUCAGCCCAGAGUGACUUGCUGGAGGGUGGCUUCGACACCCUUGGCUCUCUGCCCCCACUAAUCCCCGCCACCCCAGCAGCUGCAAACACAGUGCCAGCCGCAGCAGCACCCUCUGGUGGCUUUGAUGCAUCAGUGUUUGGUGGAUUAGGGGACCUACUGAUGCCAGUCAUAACACCCCAGUCCACUGGGGGUAGUGUGGGCAGCACAGGCAGUGGUGGGGGGAAUACCAAGGUGGCACCCGCGGUCGGGGGUGGCAUGGCAGGCGCCACAGCUAUUAAACGGCCAUCCAUCGGGGGCGACUUGGACUCCUCACUAGCAAACCUGGUUGGAGAUCUGGGGAUUCAGAAAAAGGACCAUCAGUGGAAUGACAAGAAGCUGACAGGAGGAUCUAACUGGACCCCCCAGGUAGCCCCUCCCAGCUGGGGCGCCCCUGGACCUAUGAUGGGUGGCCCUGCCCCUGGAGCCCCCGGUGCCCCUGGGGCCAUGCCUCUGCCCAUGGGAGCACAGCCUGGCUUUGGCAUGGCCUCAGCAGCUGGAUCUGGAGUUCCCAUGAUGCCUUCCAUGAUGAUGGGCCAGCCAAUGAUGGGUCAACCCAUGAGACCACCCCUGCCAGGAGCUGCAGCACCAGGGAUACCGCUGUCUCCAGUACCUGCUGCCACCCAGAGCAAAAAGCCCAAGGACCCACUGGCAGACUUCAACCUCAAGGACUUAAUGUAAAUCCCCCAGCCCAGCUCUUUGUUUUUCUGGAGCUGGGCCCUCUGGCUGCCUGUCUUAUUUUGGCGUUCUGUACAUCCCGGGACACCAGAGACCCUCCUCAGCUACUCACCCAUAGGAGACCCCCUUCCUCCACUCCACCCCAGCCCCCUGUAUAAUGUUGUUGCACAAACUGUGAAACCUUAGUGAGAAAAAAACAAGUGUGUGCUUAACUAGAUGUAACCCUUUGUCUAAACAAAAUCACACAAAACCUACAAAAAAAAAAGUCUAUAAAAGCAAGCCAGAAACCCGAGCAGAAGCUGAAGGCGUAUGUGCUGUGUGUAUUUAGAUAAUUUUUUCCAGUAGUGUUGGCGUGUUGAGUUGAAUGAUGGAUGCGUGUUUGUUUGAUGCCCUCAGCUCCACCUUCGGCCCCCGCACUGGCCUUCUGAUCACUCUAGAGGGGGAGGGGCUUCCACCCUGCCUCACCCUGAUUGGAUAAGAGGGGUAAGCAAAGCAGACCCGUAAAUUUUGGAUGAAAUGUUCAAUGUGUCGUUCACAGAAGUUCUUCUUCGGUGGUGUAUAUACAUUACACUGGGAAAUCUCUAAGGAUUUGUCUCUACUCUGUACAGUUUGUCUGUGGAAGAGCGUAUUGAUGUGAAUCUGAUAUGAAAUUGUAAGAAGUCAUGUGAUCAUUAUCUUAUUUCCUUUCAUCUUUUGAACGUAUUUAGAAACAAAUAUGAUAUGAAUAUAUGAUUAAUAUAAAUAAGCAACAUGUACGGGCUCCUGAAUCCUAAAUUACCAUCCAAUUAUUUUUUUUAAUGAUCAGUAUAUUUAUUCUUUUUUUUUUUGUCAGCGUUUAUUUUUCUAUUUUUUUUUUUUAGAUUUGGGGCGUCAUGUCCAGCUUUAUUUGUACUUUCUCUCUCUGUUGAUAUUGUUUGUGAAUCUGCUGUUAAACGUUGUCGGAUAUUUUUAUCAACAGAUCAUAUCUUACCGCCUAUUUUCAGAGAAAAUGUGUUUAUAUUUGAGUUAUUCCUAUUCAAGAGGAAGGUCAAACAGUGCAUACCAGGAGCCAAAUCUUGCCAGUAUCUCAUAUCUCAAUACAGAGGAGAACAGUCUUUUGUUAAACCACUAGAACAAGUUGUGUACAGUUAGUCUACUUCCUGGUAUCACCGGCACUCUCCCUAUGGACCUAUCACUGUCCUCCUCAUCAGUGGUCUGUUUUUUGAUUUUCAUAAUUGCUCGUAAUUUAUUAUUAGCAUUAUUACUAUGACUAGACCACGGUUAGUUACUGGAUAUGUAGUGUUAUUUUUGUAUUUGAGAUGAAACCGAAACAUCCUUGUCUCCCUAGUCCCCCACCCCAGAUGUUGUUACAUGUUUCUGUUCCGUUUCCUCCCCCCUUAGUGAAUCAGUAAUAUUGUACACGGUAACAUGGACGGAGCGGAGAGCCUGUGUAUACCCAGUCAGAAGAGGACACUGUUGAACAGUGUGCCUUCCAUGUCUAUCUAGACAGCUGUUUAGAACCUGUGAAACCAGUCCUGUGCUGUAUACCCCCAGAUAUAACAAAUACUGUGUUGUGUCAUUGCAAAGACUGUUUCGACAAUUGUGGGGGAAAAAAUAUGGAAUAGAAAAAUGGGGAAACAUCAUUUUCAUUAUUGAGUUACAUUUUUAUUCUAUUAUUAUUAUUUACUAUGCCCCUCCCCAGUGCAUGUAAGCCCUUUUAGAUGCAAUAAACUCAAUGAUGGAAAGAAUGGACCAUUA